AUGGAUUCAAAAUCUAAUGACUCGAAAGCUCAACCUCCUGCUCAAGAUUCUGGUGUUGAACAUUCUACUGCUGCUGCUGCCUCUGGUCAAGAUAAUAGUAAUCAAUAUGCCAAAGCGGUCUCUGGGGUUUUUCAAUCAUUUACAAAAGGUUUGGUUAAUACAUCUCAAAGUGCAGUGAAGGCUGUGCAGGUCAGGGCUCGCCAUCUAGUCUCUCAAAACAAACGAAGAUACCAGGAGGGAGGUUUUGAUUUGGAUCUGACAUAUAUUACUGAAAAUAUAAUUGCUAUGGGUUUCCCGGCUGGAGAUAUAAGCUCUGGAAUUUUUGGAUAUGUUGAGGGCUUUUAUAGAAAUCAUAUGGAAGAAGUGAUCAACUUUUUGGAAACUCAACACAAGGGAAAAUAUAAAGUGUACAAUCUUUGUUCAGAGAGGUUGUAUGAUGCAUCACGAUUUGAGGGGAAGAUAGCCAUGGUGGAAUGUCAAUUACUUGUCAGUGCACCAGUCGAACUCAUAGCAUCAUUCUGUCGAAGUGCUCAUUCGUGGUUAAAGGAGGGCAUUGAAAAUGUUGUUGUUGUUCAUUGUAAAGCUGGUAUGGGGAGGACAGGAUUAAUGAUUUGUAGUCUUCUCUUAUUUCUUAAGUUUUUCCCGACGGCCGAGGAGGCCAUUAAUUACUAUAACCAUAAAAGAUGUAUAGAUGGAAAGGCUCUGGUUCUCCCAAGUGCAUGCUCAGGGGAUUUCGACUUCACAACUGCCCUUAUGGAUUAG